GUCCCAGUGCCCCGCCCACUUUAUAUAUAUAACGGCAUCAGCUGAUCGGGGGACGCACUCUGUACUACAGUCCCGUCAUCAUACCCACAGCAAACUCGGCCAUUGGUGUUUAGGCCCCGACAGAAACUAUAAUCCACUAUGAAUUUCGGCAUUCCCAACACUCACAUGGACAAGCUGGUACUACAGCGGUACCUGGACUUGAAACAGACCACCGACAAAGUGCAAUGUGAGUAUCUGUGGAUUGAUGGUACUGGGGAGGCGGUCAGGACCAAGUGUAAGACGCUGGACUUCGACCCCAAGAGCCCCUCAGAGCUACCCGUAUGGAACUAUGACGGUUCCAGUACGUUCCAGGCUGAAGGGUCUAACUCGGAUAUGUACAUUACCCCACGGGCCAUCUUCCGGGACCCCUUCCGGGGCGGGAAAAACAAACUGGUCAUGUGUGACGUAUUCAAGUACAACAAGCAACCCGCAGAAACCAACAAACGUCACUCGUGUAACGAGGUGAUGGAGAAAGCCAAGGAUCACCACCCCUGGUUCGGGAUUGAACAAGAGUACACUCUACUAGACGCUUCAGAUGACCACCCCCUAGGCUGGCCCAAACACGGCUUCCCGGGCCCUCAAGGUCCGUACUACUGUGGGGUGGGAGCUAACCGUGUGUACGGUCGGGAUAUCGCUGAGGCUCAUUACAAAGCCUGUCUGUACGCAGGUGUGAAGAUUGCAGGUUGUAACGCUGAAGUCAUGCCAGCUCAGUGGGAAUUCCAGAUUGGACCUUGUGAGGGUAUAGAAGCGGGGGAUCAUCUCUGGGUGGCGCGAUACAUCCUCCAUCGAGUCGCUGAGGAUUUUGGCGUCGUGGUGACCCUUGACCCCAAGCCGGUGGAAGGAGACUGGAACGGAGCCGGUGCUCACACGAAUUACAGCACUGAGAACAUGAGGGGCAAAAACGGAAUUAAGCACAUAGAGGAGGCCAUUGAGAAGCUUUCCAAUCAACACAGUAAACACAUCGAGGCGUACGAUCCGAGAAAAGGGGCGGAUAACAAGCGAAGAUUGACCGGUCGACACGAAACUUCCAGCAUUUUCGACUUCUCGGCAGGCGUGGCCAAUCGAGGAGCUAGUGUCAGGAUCCCCCGCCAGGUGGCCGAGGACGGUUACGGUUAUCUGGAGGACAGGCGGCCAUCUUCGAAUUGUGACCCAUACUGUGUGACUGAGUUGUUAGUGCGUACGACCGUUAUUGGGUCGGACAAAUGAAUCCACAGGACUGGACCUUUCCACUGUACAUAGACUCACUGUCUAUGACUUCUUUAUUCUUUUUACAAAUGAAAAGAAAAAUUUAUUAUCUGAGCUGGAAUAUAUGUUUAACCAUCGAGAUCUGAGUAAACCCAAGCACGUAUGUGAUGGUAAAAACAUCGCCCAUCUUCGUUGUCUGUAUCUCUUGUUUUCUAACACGACGCACGUCUUUAUCUCUUAGCCGGUCACCAUACCUAUUAUAAGUCCUGUAACAAGCCAUACCAUUGGUUGAUGAAUCCGACAACCCAAUAGGAAAUUCAACGCUGAUCGAUUCAUAUAUGUGUGAUAAGCGUGUGCAAGCUCUGUUACUGCUGUACUUUUAUUAAGCUUGAAGUUAGCUAUGACCAAGACAGAAGCUUUAGCCAAUAGGGUGUUCUGUCUGCCGGUGGGCGAACCCAUCUAGGUUCAUUCCCAAUUGACCUAGGCGUUGUUAGGACUAAUUUCAAUUCUUAUAUGUACAUUUACACAAUAUGUGGGAAAGAAAUCUAAUCUAAUAUUCUAAACUAUAAUAAUCAGAA